AAUCUUUGGGGGCAACGACACGUUUCAAGGUUUCACUGUAGCUCGCACAGCUCAAAGCCCGGUGGAGGCGCAGCUUGGAGAGAGCAGAAGGCGAGGGAAAGUACCCAUACCGUAGCUUUACUGAAAGUUGUUCGCAUCUAUCAAAUGACUCACCGAAAAUAUCAGGACAGAUUCCUGCAACUGUCUUUAUAUACUGCUCGGGGACCGGUGACAAGGGAGGAGCCAGCCCAACCAUCAUGUCCAAGUUGACAUCGUACCUCCGAUCUCUGUAUGGUGCCCCGGGGCCGGUGGGCAGAUGCUUAAUUACUGGGCUAGAUGCCUCCGGGAAGACCGCACUACUCUACCGGAUGAAAUUGGGCGAGAAAGUGGUAACCAUUCCUACCAUCGGAUUCAAUUGUACGAGGGAACCGCCCCGAGUCCUGUACAAUACGCUAAUACUUCGUAGGUGAAGAUGUACCCCGGGGAGAAGAUAUCAUCACGUUCUGGGACAUCGGGGGUUGUGGCAAAAUAAGGCCUCUUAUACGCCAUUACAUGACUCCUGGUCAUUCCGUAAUAUUCCUCGUUAGCACCAGCGAAUGUGUCCGGGAUGCGGAAAGAUACAAGGACACCAUUGAUGAGCUCAAAGCUCAAGUGACAGAAUCAGUGCGAGUCGGUGUCGUUUUCAUCCUUGUGGCCUUCUCCAAGCAGGACUUGUUAACCGAAGCUGAGCACCACCAAGAAGCAGCUGUUAAACAGUACGUCAAGGAGACCAUGGAUGCCCUUCUUCCCAUGGGCGCCGCUAAGGGCCUGUUUUCAGUCAUGAGUACUGGCUUCAGCGCUGAUGAAGGCAAGGGGGUGGAUGAGCUGUUAGAUGCGCUAAUAGCAGGUGUUAAGCGGAAUAAUGUUGAUCCUGUUGCUCUUCCCGAGCUCGGGUGCCCCGUGGAGCCUGUCCAUAAACCUAUCCCGGAAGAUGUGAAAGACCCUUACGUUGGCUUCGCCCCGGAGAGGUUCUUUGAGAUGAUGGAGUCUGCAAGUUUGCAUGUAUGGGAUCAUCGAGCUCAUGUGCGCGGCGGGUUCUACGUGCUUAUGAAAUGUCUUGGGUCCGGCUUAGGUCUAUGGGAUGCCGUAGAGGAUUUCCUAAAUGUCCUAGAUAAAAUGUUGGCUACAGAUGCCGCGAGGGCUCAGGUUGAAGGGACUGAAAGGAAAUUCAGAAACACAGUUCACAGGUAGGAUUACAAUCUGAUAUCCGCAGACUACCGAGUUAACUCCGUGUGUAGAACCAUGACUACGUUCUAUCUCCACAGCAUAUACUUAUCCAUGCUCAAGUUCAUGGAGUUCCGUAACCCUCCUCGAAUCCCCGAGCACCCCGAUUUUGAGGCUUUCAUACGGACAAAUUCUCACCUCUUGAGCUCAUCCUUAUGGUCGACCUACUACUCUCGUGACCUCAUGUUUUCCCCACCCGCCAAAGAAUCCUGGCGCCUCCCAGACCUCAAACCGUUACCAACCUACUUCCGUCCGGGCGGCCAAAUCCCUCUUUUUCUCUCUUCGCCAACUCCAUCGGACCCGAACAAGCAUUACAAAAUCUUCGCUCUCGCAACCCUAAAGCGAACCAAAGCCACCAGAUCCCGUCGCGGAAAAGUGAUCGCUGACGCCCUUGAUGCCCUCAACCGCCACACAAUUCGUCAGAGGGUUCGAGAUCCAACUGUCAAGCCUUACUCCGCGACGAAGGCCUACUUUUACAUACAAAUAUUCCAUGCUGCCAUUGAGGGUUUAGGGACAAGCCUCGACAUCACUCAUCUUUCGUACGACGCGUUCGCUCUCGCAUUCCCGGAUCUUGUGCAAGGGGAUUUCUGGCGGGAAUAUUAUAAGGAGAAGGUAUGGGAAAGUGUUCAAGCCCGGGCUGAGUUUGUCCCCCCAACGGUCAAACCUUUACCGAACAUCAUUCCCCUCGUGGACAUCACGCCUGCUGCGGCAAGAGAAGCGCGCAAAAGAGCUACUGGAAAGGUGCUUGCAGACGACACAGAGCUUAUGUUAGCCGAACACUGGGCUUUCUCCGACAUGCAGGACCCGAGUCUGAUGCUACGUUCGCACGGAGGAAUGAUAUGGUGGUAUUUUUCAGCACUGUGGACUGCCAUACGUUCUCAAUCUUCCUCCCAUGCUCCCUCUUCCCCAUCCCCUAAUACGUCCGCCACUAUCCCUUCCACCCUCGGUGCUACCGCAAGACUCCUAGUAAAAGACGAGCUCCUGAAAGACGAUUCAACCCGGGGUGUCACGGAGAAAACGUUCUGGGUGCAAAUCAUGCUUCAGCGAAUGGCCGGGUUCGAAACCACUGCUGGAGAUGGUUCAUGGGAUAGAAAUACCUGCCUGGUUGAUGCGAGGAGGUUUUUGGCAGAGAAUCGGGUGGUCGCGGAUGAGGAUUUGUGGAUGGAGUAUUAUUCUGCCGAGAGCUGGUGGAGCGCGGAUGCUGCUUCUAUGUUCUUGCCCCCGGAUUUAAAGGAUUUGAGGGGGGUUGUUUCUGUCGGUGAUGGGGAUGGGGAUGGUAAGGGGCCAUGGGCCGGGGUGUAUAUUUCGUGAGCCAUGUAGCAUAAAUACCUAAUGUUCUCUUUUUAUGUGAGGCGUGUCGGUCGUGUCGACGGGGGUUGGCUAUGUAGAGUACAGAGCGCUCACCUAGGGCUUUCCUGGCACAGUUCACUCCAAAGUGUCAAUUCCGAGCCUGAAAUCAGGUUGGAUAGUUGGCCGCCGUACUCUAGCGGUGUCAUCUAGGGUCUCACUACUAAUUCGAGUGAUAUCUUAUGUUGAUAUAGGUCACACAUCGG